GACACGCAGCGUGAACUCGGAUGAACUCGGUGUGAUCGGGGAGCCGAGGCUUUAAAGGGAUUUAAAAUGUUCAUCGUGGCUUUUCUGCUGCUGUGGGCUCCAGGACUAACGGAGAGCGCCGAGACUCACUCCCUCACCUACAUCUACACGGCGUUCUCCAAACCUGUCGGCCUCCCGGGCAUCCACGAGUUCACAGCCAUGGGUUUGCUGGACAACAGGAUGAUCGACUACUUUGACAGCGAUACUCAGGCAAAGGUUCCCAAACAGAAGUGGAUGAGAGAGCGUUUACCUGCUGAUUACUGGGAUAAAGGCACACAGUCCCGCAAGAGCAAGCAGCAGUGGUUCAAGGUCAACAUCGGCAUCCUGAUGGAGCGAAUGAGGCAGAAUGACUCAACCAACCCUCACGUUCUUCAGUGGAUUGUGGGCUGUGAGGCUGAAGCGAAUCCUGACGGCACGCUCAGGUUUGUCCGAGGCGUGCACAUGUACAGCUACGAUGGAGACGACUUCCUGUCCUUUGAUGAUAAAAACGGAGUCUGGGUCGCUCCGAUUCCGGAGGCAGAAGCCACCAAGAGGAAGUGGGACAGCGUCCAGGUGCUAAAAGAGUACACCAAGGGAUACCUGGAGAACGAGUGCAUCGAUUGGCUGAGCAAGUUUGUGAAUUAUGGACAACAGCAGCUCAAAAAGAAAUCUCCACCUGAUCUGCACGUGUUUGCAAAGAACUCCAGAGUGCAGACAAACAUCGUCCUCACCUGCCUCGCCACGGGCUUCUACCCCAAAGACGUCACAGUGACGAUCAGGAGGAACGAACGUGUUCUGACCGCAGACGACGGCCUGAAGAGCUCAGGACUUCUCCCCAAUAACGACGACACGUUCCAGAGGAGAGAGUACGUGGAGGUUUUAAAGUCUGACCCGGCUACAUACAGCUGCGAGGUUUUUCACGAAGCGACCGGUGUGAGAAUUUCUAAGAGCUGGGAGCUCAGCCUGUUACCUGUUCCUGAUGACGAUGGAUCUGCUGUCACUGGUCUGGUGGCAGCACUCCUGCUCGUGCUCAUCGGUGUAGGCGUGAUUCUGCUGGUCCUACGUAAAAGACGCAAUAAUGGCAGGAGCAGCACAGAUACACCAGAGUCGCAGGAGUUGAACGAUGUUCGUCAGGAGUAACAAUGGAGAUCAGAGCUUCCACAGAAGCACAUCGAGACUCGGUGGGACCAGAUUUACCGAAACAACACAAACAUUUGUUGCACUUUACAGGUGGAUCAGCAUUAAAUGGGAUUCCAUUUAAUUCAAUGGAUGGGUUUAAAGAAUUGUUAAUGCCCCUUGCAGCCAAAUCUACGGUGGCCCUGAGAGGUCCAACUUCAACAACAACAACAACAACAAAAAAAGCAAACAGAAAACACUGCAGAAGCAGACCAAGCACAACCACAGUGUUUCUGGGGACGCAAUAAUGUGACGGACCGGCUGAGGAAGUGACAGAAACCAAAAGAUGUGAAGAGUUGAACUGAAACACGCUUAAAGAAAGCUUUAAGGGUUAAUCUGUGAAAAUAAUGUAAUAAUAAUGUGUGUUUUAAUCACAUGAUUCCUGUAACACAUGUUUGCUGUUGGGGGGCAGAGCAGG